AUGCCGUCCGUCAUCGGGAUCGUCGUCGCAGCGAUUUGUGCCUAUUAUGGCUACCGUAUUUACAAAUUCUUUGCGCAUAUCAAGAGGAUGAGGGAGAUGGGCGCACUUUUGCCAGGUUCCGACGAAGAGAACCCAAUUUUCGGCACGGCGACGAUAUGGGCGCAGAUGGACACGGCGGGGAUCCUCGACUGGCAGUUCCAACAAGCCGACAAACUACGGGCGGACGGUCACAACGUUUUGAGGGCCAACUUUGCCCACGAGGUCUUUGUGAUUCCGCUCGAUGGGGAGGCUAUUAAGCCUAUUCUCGAGUCAAAAGAAGAAAUCGUCAAGGGCCUGGGCUACGAUGAUAUCCGGGAGUAUCUGAAUAACGGUCUCUUGGUCAGCGAUGGCAAAAAAUGGCAUACGAGACGAAGACUGAUCACGCCGACCUUCCAUUUCCGGCAUUUGGAAAGCUAUGUGCAGAGCUUUAAUCAUCACGCAAAGGUAUUCACCGAAGUAAUCUCUGAAUUUCACGGCGCCGAAUUCGACGCGCUACCGUACAUCAAGCGCUGCGCACUGGACAUUAUUUGUGAUGCGGCGAUGGGAACCACCGUAAACGCGCAGCACAACACGAAGCAUCCGUUCGUGACAGCGCUUCGCGAUUUGCUAUAUGUUAAUACGAAUCGAUCAUUGAAGGCGCAGCUUUGGUUCUACCCCUACUAUCGCUUCUCCGGGAUGGAGAAGCUUUUCAAAGACGCGCUGAAGACGCUGCAUGGAUUCUCGAGACAAGUAAUCGCCGAGCGAAAGGAAAAACGUGCGCUGGGCCAGAAGACGUCCGGGAACCAGACGAGUUUUCUGGAUUUGUUGUUGGAGUCGUAUGACGCUGGGGACAUUGACGAUCAGGGCGUGUGCGAAGAGGUUGAUACGUUCAUGUUCGAAGGCCACGACACAACUUCUGCUGGCGUCGCAUGGGGAAUAUGGGCGCUGGCCCAUCAUCCUGAAGUUCAAGACAAGCUCUACCAGGAGAUUUGCGAUAUAGUCGGAGGAGACGACGAGCCGGUCACUAGCGAGCAUCUGAAAAACAUGCCCUAUUUGGAGCAGGUCCUGAAAGAAACGUUCCGGCUCUUCCCUCCGGUUCCAGCCGUCAACCGGCGGCUUCAGGCGGAUUUUCAGAGCGGACCGUACGUCUUCCCAAAAGGAGCCAUUGUCAGUAUCGUUCCGAUUAUAUUGUCCAGGAACAAGAAGGUCUGGGGCCCGGAUUCCCUAAGAUUCGACCCGGAACGCUUCUCGGAGGAGCGAGGCCUGAAAUAUGGACCGUUUGACUAUAUUCCGUUCUCGGCUGGGCCCAGGAAUUGUAUUGGCCAAAAAUUCGCCCUCUUGGAAACUAAAGUGAUGUUCUGUUGGCUGGUGCGCACAUUUCUUUUCUCGUCUUCGAGACGAUUCGAAGAGAAUCGGACUGGAACGGAAGCCGUGUUGGUCCCGACGAUUGGAAUCCCGAUUUCUGCCGUGCGAAGAAUU